AUGCGUCAUCAUCAAGUCAGUCUGCCCCCCUUCCCCCAGGCCCAGCUCGCGAGCCCUGUUGCGAGCGACAUCGUCCACUGUGAGCUAACUGCCGUCAAAGAGUCUUUCCACUUCGUAGCCGGUCUGUGCUCCGGCACCUCGGGUGCCAUUCUCCUCCAGCCCAUCGACCUCCUCAAGACGCGCGUCCAGCAGUCGGGUUCGCAGUCGAUACGCGCCACGAUCCGCGAGAUCGCCCAGUCGCCUAAUGCCAUAGCUGCCUUCUGGAGGGGCACCGUCCCGUCUACCCUUCGGACGGGCUUCGGGUCGGCCGUCUACUUUACCACCCUGAACACGAUCCGCCAGCAUGCGACGCCGCUCGCCGUGGUCGCGGCCGCCUCGCCCGGCGAGCAUGGCCGGCACUCGUCCUCGCUCCCCAAGCUCUCCAACACAGCCAACCUCCUUUCCGGCGCCUUCGCCCGCGCCUUCGCCGGCUUUCUCCUCAUGCCCCUGACGGUCCUCAAGGUCCGCUACGAGUCGAACCUCUAUGCCUAUCAUUCACUGGCCGGCGCCGCCACGGACAUAUACCGGAAGGAGAGGAUACGGGGCUUCUUCGCAGGCUAUGGCGCCACGGCCGUCCGGGACGCCCCCUACGCGGGGCUCUACGUUCUGUUCUACGAGCAGUUCAAGAAACGUCUCAGCACGUUGUACGGCAAGGCCGAGAGCACGGUAGGUGCAACCCACACCUCGACCAUGGGCUCGUCGCUGGCAGCCUCGAUCAACUUCAGCUCGGGGGCCCUGGCGAGCGCUGCGUGCUCCUUCAUCACCAACCCCUUCGACGCCGUCAAGACGCGCAUCCAGCUGCAGCCGCAGGAAUACAAGAAUACCCUGCAAGCCAUGCGGCGGAUUGUCGCCGAGGAAGGCGCGCGGUCCCUAUACGACGGGCUGUCACUGCGCUUGACACGGAAGGCCAUCAGUUCGGCAUUGGCUUGGAUGGUGUACGAAGAAUUGGUUCGAAGAGCAGAGACUACAUGGGGCCGCACCGUGAGCGGACAGGUAUAG